CUUUCUCUCUGUUUCAAUCUCAGAUUAGAAGAACCAUCAUCAUCAUCAACAACAAUGGAGAAAAAGUUGCAGACUUUUAAUUCCUUCAUCAAAUUAAUAACUUUAAUUCUCCUCAUCACUUCACUCAUCAAACCCAUCUAUUCAAAACCCACAACAUGCAACCAAACAUCACAAAACAAUUCCGGCGACAAAAAACAAGCUCUUCACUACAAGAUCGCCGCCAUAAUUUCAAUCCUUACAUCUAGUGCCGCCGGAAUUUGCAUCCCAUUAGCAUCUAAAAACUCAAACGCCUUACACCCAGAUAGUGGAAUUCAUUUUCUAGCUAAAUCAUUCGCUGCCGGCGUAAUACUUGCCACUGGUUUCAUUCAUAUUCUCCCUGAUGCCUUUGAGAGUCUCACUAGUCCAUGUCUCGCCGGAGAAGAUGGUCGGGCUUGGGCUGAUGGGUUUCCGGUGGCCGGACUUGUGGGAAUGAUUGCUGCUAUUGGUACGUUUUUAAUUGAAGGAUUCGCCGCCGGUCAUCAUAAGAGAAUGGAACUUAGAAAAGCUCAGCCGGUUAUAGGGGAUGAGGAGGUGGAGAUGAACAGUGGUUCAAAUGAUGUUGUGGGUCCUGUUGGUGCUAUUUUAAUGAUACAGCGAUCCGAGGAAUCGCAUCUUAUUCGGAGUCGCGUAAUAUCUCAGAUAUUAGAGGUGGGGAUAGUAAUCCAUUCGAUAAUAAUUGGGAUAUCACUUGGUGCAACACAAAGACCUAGCACAAUCAAACCUCUUAUAGCUGCUUUGAGCUUUCACCAAUUCUUUGAAGGCAUCGGACUUGGCGGUUGCAUUUCUCAAGCGAGAUUUACCUUUCGAGGUAUCGUGAUCAUGGUACUCUUCUUUGCCCUAACUGCUCCGACAGGAAUCGUAGUUGGGAUAGGCAUAUCAAGUGUGUAUGAUGAGAAUAGUCAUACAUCCCUUAUUGUGGAAGGAAUUUUGAAUUCAGCAUCAGCGGGGAUAUUAAUCUAUAUGGCUUUGGUCGAUCUUAUGGCGCCGGAUAUAAUGAACUCGAAGCUUCAAACUAAUGCCAAGCUCCAAGUUAGCUCAUUCUCUAUGCUUGUUAUGGGAGCGUUUUGCAUGGCCUUUUUAGCCAAAUUGGAGAUCAUGAACUAAGCCUAAUUAGGUUAGAUUGUCUUACACCAUGAUGCAUAAUAUUUAACGGUUUUAACUAUAAGUACAAUGUAAUGUUAUUCAUCAUUUGUGUAUUGUAUUAUGUAUAUCAUGUCUUGAAAAAAUCAAAACGAAAUAAAUUUCUCAAAUUUUCUCGUAGGAAACUUCAAAAGGGGUUGAUGUGAGUUUCAUCACCUAGUUGAAACAUACACAUCAUACUUACUAUGUUUAUCCUUUCUCUUCCACUUUUGUU